AAAAAAGUUUUCUUCUUUUGUUCUCUCUUUUUUUCUUUUUCUUUUUUUUUUCUGAUCCGGGUUCAAAUCCUAGAUCAGUUUUAAUUUUCUCUAUUUUUUUUCCCUUUUUGGGUGCUAUUAUUCUCUUGAUCAUAUUAUUAUUCUAAACCAAAAUACACUAUAAUUAUGGGUAAUAGCUUAAGGUGUUGUUUGGCUUGUGUUAUUCCUUGUGGUGCUCUUGAUUUGAUAAGAAUAGUGCAUUUGAAUGGUUAUGUGGAAGAGAUUACACGUCCAAUAACUGCCGGAGAGAUUCUCAGGGAAAACCCUAAUCAUGUUCUAAGCAAACCUAGCUCUCAAGGCGUCGUUCGCCGGAUUUUGAUCCUUGCUCCGGAGACAGAGCUCAAGAGGGGAAGCAUAUACUUCUUGAUCCCGGCAUCAUCGUUGCCGGAAAAGAAGCGUUUCGCCGCUGCAAAGAGCGGAAGCAUAUGUGACAGUGACAUCAAUAAAAAAGUUUUGUCAAAAAAGAGCAAGAAGUGUGAUGACGAUGACUCGUCGUCACACUUCCAUGCGCUCACUCAAAUAGCUUCUAAAAGUAAAAAAUCUUUACGAAAAGAUCGUCGAAAAGGCCGUGUUGGUGUAUGGCGACCUCAUUUAGAGAGCAUCUCUGAAGACUAGUUACAAGUUUUUUCUUUUUUUUUCUUUUUCCCUUGUUUUGCCGGUGAUGUCAAAUUAAACAUGCUGGCAAGGAGGAGAGUGAACCAAAAAAAUUGGUUCAUUUAUUGAAACAUAGCAAAAGAUCCUCCUUCCUUUUUUUUUCUUUUUUCCCCAUGUUUUAUAAUGUAUGCGGGUAUUGAUCUUUGUGGAUAAAAUCUUCAUCUUGCUUUGGUAAA